CUCAGUGGAGCUUAACACCGGGGCAUUGGUGACAGCGCUGAGGGGACCCCACUGCCCCGUCAUGGCAUCUGCUCUCACCGUCCUCCUUGGCUGCUGGCUGGCCGGGCACAGCGGGGUGUGGGGAGGGAGUAAAUUUCUCAAACCCACCAUCUGGGUGAGCCCCAGCAGGGUGGUGGCCCUCGGGGGAAAUGUCACCAUCCGCUGUGAGGGUCGGCAACGGUCCAUGGAGUUCUUUCUGCGUAAAGCUGGACACCCGAACCAGCAGGUGCGGUCAGUGGUGCCUAAUGGGACCGUGGCUGAAUUUCCCAUCACCAAUGUUGGCCAGGAAGAUGGAGGGAGCUACACCUGCGACUAUCGCUCCAUAGUGGAUCAGAGUCACUCAUCACAUCCCAGCGACCCCGUCGAGAUCAUUGUGGGAGAGCCCAGCUACCCCAAACCCAACAUCUCUGUGAGCCUGGGGGGAGCUGUGGUCGUCCGGUGUUGGGGGCAGCACCAGGAUGUCCGGUUUGUGCUGAAUAAAGAGGGACACCAUUUCCCACCUGUGGAUUCGGAUGGGUUUGAGGCUGUGUUUUCCAGCAGCAAUGUUCACCGGGAUCUCGGCGGGAGAUACAGCUGCUCCUAUCACAGCCGAUCGGAGCCGUUCGCCGUGUCGUACCCCAGCAACCAAGUGGAGCUGGUGUUGAGAGAUCCCAACUUACCCAGACCCUCCAUCUCUCUGAGCCCCACUUGGGUCACUGCCCCAGGGACAGACGUCACCAUCCGGUGUCAGGGGUGGCGCCGGGACAUGAGGUUCUUCCUGCACAAGACUGGAGACCUGAACCCACAGCAACACAUGGACCCUGCUGGGACCAGGGCCGAGUUCCGCAUCCCCACCGUGAGCUGGCAGCAUGGAGGGAACUACAGCUGCAGCUACCGGCCCCGAUCAGAGCCCUUCAUCUCCUCAGAGCCCAGCGACACCGUGGAGCUGGUGGUAACAGAGGGAACUGACCCAACCCAGCCUGGAGCGGCGCCGGCUCCCACCCGCCCGGGCAGCGCGGGGCCAGGUGGAUCAGAAUCGCCGGCACCUCCGGGUCUGACCAGCCCCAUCAUCACCGGGGACUCACCUGGACCCUCAGAAGACGGAUCGGAAUCGCCGGCACCUCUGGGUCUGACCAGCCCCAUCAUCGCCGGGGUGAGCGCGGCAGCCGCCGGCUUCCUCCUCCUCCUCCUCCUUGUGGCCUUCGUCUGCUUCAGAAUAACCCGAGCCAGAAAAGGAGCCGCACUGAGACCGAGCAGCACCAGCCCCUUGGGGGUGUUGGAGGCCCCGGCUCAGCAAGACCCCAUCUACGCUUCCAUUGACGAAGUGAAAGAGACACACACCCUUGAGCCCAACCCUGGCACCGACGGACUCACCUGUGCCUAGCUGGACCGCUAGGCACUGCAAGCCAAGCGGGGGGACCUGGUAUCUGGUGUGAGCUGCUGCACUUCGCAGGUCACAGAGCUUCACCCACCCACUCUGUAGCAGACCCCUAGCCUCCGGCUGAGUCACUGGCAGCCUCAAAUCAUGGGUUAAAGACUUCAAGUUACAGAGAAUCCUCUAUUGACACUAGUUUAAACCUGCCCAUGCCCCACACCUCAGGCUGCAGACGAAGGCGAACCCCCCCCCCCGCC